ACAAAAAAGUCAGAUCGUGUGAUUUUUUUGAGGUUAAAUUUGCUUUAUAAUUUGUUUUUUUUUUAUAUUUAUAUUUAUUUUGUUUUGUAAUAAGCCUAACAAUUUGUUUAGUUUUACAUCAUGACAACUUUUGGCUUUCAAUGGACUGACCAAAAGUCCUCUGGGACCAAAGCUGUUUUCGUAAAAAAGCGCAAAAAUCAAGGUGAGGGUGUCAAAGUACCCACAAAUCCAGUAAAAAGUAGUGAAAACAUUAGCAAAGUACCCAAAAAACCAAUUAACUUUAAUAAUAAUAAACAAAGCAUUAAAAAAGUUACAACUCCCGAAGACAAAAGUAAUCUUUUCAUUAAGAGAAAGGGCAAAAAAGACAAAUUAAAAGCCAAAACUGACCAACAGAUUAACAAGGAGUUUUCUAAGCCAAAUAACAGUGAUGCUAGUGCAAAACACCAUCAUUCACUAUUUUCGGAAAGUUACAAAAAUGUCCAUGUUGAAGUAAAUGCAAAGGGCAAAUCUGUAGUUGAAAAAUUGUUUAGUACAGGGAAAAAAUUUUCCGAGUUGGAAAUUCAUAGGCACCUUAUGUCUAAUUUAGAAAAACAUAAGUAUAGUGUUCUAACAAAUGUCCAGGAAAAAUCUAUACCUACAAUUCUGGCAGGCAAAAAUUGUUUGAUUAGGUCACAAACAGGUUCAGGAAAAACUCUAACCUAUGCUAUACCCAUUCUAAAUACUCUUGUCAAUAUCACCCCAAAAUUAAAGAGAACUGAUGGUAUUCAAGCAAUUAUUGUUGUUCCUACAAGGGAAUUAGCCUUGCAGACUCAUGAACUAUUCGGAAAGUUAAAUACCUUUCAGUGGAUAAUUGUCAGCCAUUUAUGUGGCGGAGAAAACAGGAAAACUGAAAAAGACAAAUUGAGAAAAGGAGUUCAUGUCCUAAUUGCCACUCCUGGAAGACUCUUGGACCAUCUUUUACAUACAACAGCAUUCAAUGCCCAACAUGUAAAAUGUUUAGUUCUGGAUGAAGCUGAUAGACUACUUGAUAUGGGAUUUAAAAAGGAUAUUGUGAGGCUCGUUGAGGAACUAGACAACCAGAAAAAACACUCUUCCUAUGACCCUAUGGCCAUGCUCAAAGGAGAAAAACCAAAAGAAGAAAGUGAAAACAGUGAACAAAGACAAACUUUACUUCUUUCAGCCACACUAACGAAAGGAAUCGCUGAACUGGCCGACUUUACUAUGAAGGAUCACGUUUUCAUUGAUGCACUUGACGAAUCUGAAACCACAAAUCCCGACCAUAUGAUUAUACCUGACACAGUUAAACAAACAUUUAUUCUGAGUUUUAUUAAGCAGAGGCUUGUGAUGUUGUCCGCUUUGUUAAUAUCCAAAGCUAAGCAAAAAGGCAAAACCUUCGUGUUCAUGGCUACCACCCAAAUGGUGGACUAUCAUUAUGAACUAUUCAAACGUUACCUAUUACAUAUGCCUUGCAACAAAGGAAAAUUAAAAGUUGGAGACGUUUUAUUAUUGGACGAAAUCGAGCUGGACGAUAGCGACGCCGAAGAACAAGUAUUGGAUGUGGAAUUAUUUAAGUUGCACGGCUCGAUGAACCAACAGGAACGAAAACAAGUAUUUAACGGGUUUAGGAAAGCUGAAAAAGGAAUAUUGAUAUGUACAGAUGUAGUGGCUAGAGGUAUUGACGUACCUGAAGCAGAUUGCAUCGUACAAUACACCGGACCACAAUCAGAUGAUGACUAUUUACAUAGAGUGGGUAGGACAGGUAGAGCGGGCAAAUCGGGAUCUUCUAUCAUAUUUCUCACGCACGAGGAACAAGAUUACAUCAGUCGUUUACAGCAACACAAAGUUUUCCUUAAAGAACAUGAUACCGAACCAUUCCUAAGGGAACUGUGCGACUUUAUGGAGGAACCUGAUCAACAUAAAGCCAUUUUAGCAUUGCAAAGGAGAUACGAAGCAGCCAUAUCGAAGGAUAAAGAGUUACAUAAACAAGCUUGUUUCGCAUAUUCUUCUUGGUCGAGGUUUUACAGCGCAUUUCCGGGGAAACUGAAGCCGAUUUUCGACCUAAAAAAAGUGAAUGUGGGUCAUUACGUCACCAGUUUUGGCCUGAAAGAGUCCCCUACGUCGGUGGCGAAAAUUGUCCGCGGACAAGCAACAAAAAGCGAUCCUAAGAGGUUAAAUAGAAAACUGGCGAAUCAUGAAGACAACGAAGAACUAAAAAGACCGUGGCCCAAAAAGCGACCAAUCAAAUCCAUAAGUUUAACUACAUCAGAAUUUUCCAGUGGCUUAGAACCAGCAAAGAAGAAAAAGAAAAAACAAUUUGAGGACUAACAAACACACAUUAGAUAAUAAUUAUUUUAAUUGUAAUAUAAAUAAAGGAAAAACUUGUUUAAAAAACAA